AUGCAUCAAUCAAGUUAUAUUAUGGAGAUUUUAGAUUGCUUUGGGAUGACAGAAUGCAAACCAGUUGGAACACUGAUGGAUUCAAACGUAAAACUAAUUAAACCUGACGCAACCAAUCAGGGGGAGGAAAAGGUACCUUACAGGGAACUUAUAGGUGCUUUAAUGUACCUCGCCGUUUCCACCAGACCUGAUAUCGCCUAUACUGUCAGCUCAUUGAGUCAAUUAAAUGAUUGUAACGGACCCAUACACUGGAACGCAGCAAAAAGAGUUCUAAGGUAUCUUAAAGGUACCAUUAAUCAAGGAAUCAUAUUCAAGCGCUCCACCGAACCACUUCAGUGCUACGUCGACUCAGACUGGGGUGGCUGUCCAAACGACCGACGUUCAUACACAGGAUUUGUAACUAUCCUCAGCAAUGGACCAAUCACAUAUGGGAAGCUAAAAAACAGAGAACAGUAG